UGUUAUGAUAAAAUUAUGUUCUUCCAUAAAUCACUCAUGAAAUGUACAAACGGUGAUUAAUUUCAGAGACCAGAUGUGUUUUACUGGUAUGUGUCCAUUUGUUUUGCUAUUCUAUUGGCAUACAUCUAUUGCAAUUAUUUCACUUUAACUUCCAGUGCUUUAGAUAUCUUGAUGUUAAACAUAAGUGAAUGCCUGAUACUCCAAGAUUUCUCCGUGUGCUAACUAUACAGUAUAUUGGAAAGUUGUUUUUUCAAGUAGAAUUAUUUAAUAUGCAUUCUUAUUUGAUGGAGAUUUUCAAUUCUCAAUAGAUUCUUUCCCUUUCAGUAUUUCUCAAUACCAUGUUAUCCUUUUAAGAAAAAUCCAUGGUAGAUGUAUGAGAAGAAACAGAUUUGGGAGAUGUGGAGAUGCCAUUUCUUCAUAUACAUCUUUAAGAUGUUGUCAUCUUUGGGCGAAUGGAGGUUGUUUUUUUUUUUUUUUUUUGGUUAGAUUUUAGACAAUCAGACCUGAAGGCUACACACUUUAAAACUAGUUACCUGCUCUCACUAUUCUUUUCUCAGAACUCUCACUGAUGUAUUUUUUAUAAGGCUUCUGCUGUCUAGCUUUCAGGUGACGAUGACAUUUUUUUUCUUUUUUUUUUGCUAACUCAGUGGCCCGUAUUAAGAAGAAUGUCCGAACUUCUCCAGGUAUAGGUGUUUAGGGUCAGGAGAAGGGGGGGGGGGAGGGACGGAAAGGAAGGAGGGGUGAUUGUGGGGGAUAGAAAUGGUGUCUCCUCCUCCUUCUGAAUGCAAAUAGCCAAUGAGGUGGCUCGCCUGGGCCAGUCAGGCUGCUUGUGCCAUAUAGUAUGCAGCAACCCGAGGAGUCACGUUGGGGGAAAGGCAGAAAGGAGCUAUCCGUUUACACUACUUUGCUAUAGCAGCUAUCUUAAUGGUGACUGCGUGGCCGGGGAGAAACCUGAUCGGCUAGAUCCUGCCGAAACCAGGAGGGAGGGAGUGGGCUUUCCGGAGAGGGGAAGGGGGGAGGGGGGACGAAAGAAGAAGGAGAGUGGAAGAAAGAGAGGAGUGGGGGGGGAACGACAAAAAAUGUCCUCUUCCUCCCCCACAGACCAGAUCGCAAGUGCGGUGGAGAUAAAACAAGAAAAUGGGAUGGAAGCCACCCCCGAAGGAAAGGAGGCGCCACCAGAAGUGGUGGGGGGAGCCGUGGCAGCACUCAAUCCUCCCCCUGCCGCCCCUUUCCCCAUGGAGCCCGUGGUAGCUGCAGCAGCGGCGGCGGCGGCGGCGGCUGCCGCGGCCGCAGCAGCGGUGGCCGCCGCUGGAGCUGCGGCGGACCAGGUACAACUCCACUCUGAACUUCUAGCCCGAAACCACCACGCAGCGGCGGCUGCAGCGCAGACCCCACUGGCCUUCUCCCCGGACCACGUAGCCUGCGUUUGCGAAGCAUUGCAGCAAGGGGGAAACUUGGACCGCCUGGCCCGGUUCCUGUGGUCCCUGCCCCAGAGCGACCUGCUACGUGGCAACGAGAGCCUCCUAAAAGCCCGAGCCCUGGUCGCCUUCCACCAGGGCAUCUACCCGGAGCUCUACAGCAUCCUCGAGAGCCACAGCUUCGAGUCGGCCAACCACCCACUUCUGCAGCAGCUCUGGUACAAGGCGCGCUACAGCGAAGCCGAGAGAGCGCGGGGCCGGCCCUUGGGAGCGGUGGACAAGUACAGGCUGAGGAGGAAAUUCCCUCUGCCCCGGACCAUCUGGGACGGCGAGGAGACGGUGUAUUGUUUCAAGGAGAAGUCGCGCAACGCGCUCAAGGAGCUGUACAAGCAGAAUCGUUACCCGUCCCCGGCAGAGAAGCGGCACCUGGCCAAGAUCACCGGCCUCUCCCUCACUCAGGUCAGCAACUGGUUCAAGAACCGGAGGCAGCGCGACCGGAACCCCUCCGAGACCCAGUCCAAAAGUGAGUCAGAUGGUAAUCCCAGCACUGAAGAUGAGUCCAGCAAGGGGCAUGAGGAUUUAUCUCCUCAUUCACUCUCCAGUUCAUCUGAUGGAGUUACCAACUUGAGCCUUUCCAGCCACCUGGAACCUGUAUAUAUGCAACAAAUUGGAAACACUAAAAUAUCAUUAAGUUCCCCUGGUGUUUUACUGAAUGGAGGCUUAGUACCUGCAAGUACUUCACCUGUCUUCCUUAAUGGCAAUUCCUUUAUUCAGGGACCUAACAGUGUAAUCCUUAAUGGAAUAAAUGUAGGAAAUACACAGACUGUGACUUUAAACCCAUCAAAAACUUCAUCAAGCAUUGUCAACAAUGGUGCAUCUAUGACAGACAUCCUGGGAUCUCCUUCAGAGGAUGUAAAAGACUUCAAAGUCCUCCAGAGUUCCACAACAAAUUCUGCAGCAACAACAUCCUAUAGCCCCAGUGUCCCUGCUUCAUUUCCUGGUUUGAUACCUAGCACUGAAGUUAAAAGGGAAGGCAUACAAACAGUGGCUUCUCAAGAUGGAGGUUCUGUGGUGACUUUUACAACACCAGUACAAAUAAACCAGUAUGGCAUUGUACAGAUCCCCAAUUCAGGAACAAAUGGCCAGUUGCUUAAUGGAAGCAUUGGAUUCUCUCCUCUACAGCUGCCUCCUGUCUCAGUGGCAGCUUCUCAAGGUAAUAUUUCAGUAAAUUCAAGCACUUCUGAUGGGGGGACAUUUACCAGUGACUCUACCACAGUGCAGCAAGGAAAGGUCUUCUUCAGCUCUCUUGCGCCUAGUGCAGUAGUCUACACAGUUCCAAAUUCAGGUCAAACAGUAGGAUCUGUUAAACAAGAGGGCUUGGAACGGAACCUUGUGUUUUCUCAAUUAAUGCCGGUCAAUCAAAACACACAAGUCAAUGUAAACAUGUCUUCUGAAAAUAUCUCGAGCAGUGGCCUUCAUCCUAUGGCCUCAUCGUUAGUUAAUGUAACUCAGACUCACAAUUUUUCCCUCACUCCCCCUGCUCUACUAAAUGCAACAGAGCUAAACGCUGAUAUUACUGAGAGCCAGCCCUUGUCUACACCUGUAACGAGCACAUCUACUGUGAUAUCUGUCAGCAACACUAACUAUGCAACUCUUCAGAACUGCUCCCUUAUUACUGGUCCAGACCUAAUGUCGAUUUCAAUGACCCAGCCUGCCCUUGGGGAGAUAGUUCCAGCAGCUGGAGACCGUGUGGGUCACUCCUCCCCAGCAGUACAUGAGGAUUUUGUCAGAGAGCACCGGUUAGUUCUGCAAUCUGUACCUAACAUAAAGGAGGAUUUCAUACCAAGUUCUGAGGACAAAACAACAAGCAACUUAUUGAUGCUGGAUUCCAAAUCCAAAUAUGUCCUGGAUGGCAUGGUUGAAACAGUCUGUGAAGAACUGGAAACAGACAAAAAAGAGCUUGCCAAGCUCCAGACUGUCCAGUUGGAUCAAGAUAUGCAAGAUUUAUAA